CGUGUGCAGCUGAACAUGUCCGCCUUUGAGCAGAGCUACCAGGCCAACCGGCUGUUCAAGCUCUACCGACGAGACGAAGACACCGAACGCGACCAAUACACUACGUCCGAAUUAAACACAGCAGCUGAGGAACUCUUGGCACUGGACGAUGAGUACGUCGCCUUCAUACGCGAGAGAACCGUUAUCUGGAACACCACUUUUGGCGGGAGAAACAUAUCCGUCGCUGCUGUG